AUGUCAAAUCAACAACAACAACAACAACAAGGACCACCAACGAUGAUGGGAGGACCACCACCACCAUUCCAACCACCAGUAGGAUUUAUUCCUCCACCUCCAAUGGGAUUACCUUUUGUGCCACCACCAGGUGCACCAGGUGUAUUUCCACCACCUACUGGAUUCACAGGUGCUCCAUUUGUCCCUCCUCCAAUGGGAUUCUCACCAGGUAUGGUACCACCACCACCAACUGGAAUGAAUAUGAAUGCUCCUCCACCACCAACAGGUAUUUCAUCGGUCGUUCCUCCUCCAAUGCAUACCAUCCCACCACCAACCACUACAACUAUAGCAUCUCCUCCACCACAACCAACUAAUACUGGAUAUCCACAAGUAUCACCUCAACCAGUACAAAUGAUGGGAGCUCCUCCUGUUGCCCCUCCUGUUGCUGUUGCACCUGUUACACACGUUUCACCACCUCCACCACAACAAUAUCCACCAUUCAAUCAGCCACCACAACCAAUUGCACAUCAAGUAUCACCAGCUCCACAACAACAAGGAGGGUACCCAGGAUAUACUCAAGGUCCACCAACUAAUCAACAACAACAACAAUUUAACCAAGGCCCACCAACCAAUCAACAACAAUUCCAACAAGGUCCACCCCCUCAACAAUACUCUCCAUACAACCAAGGUCCACCAACUAACCAACAACAAUUCCAACAGGGUCCACCAACCAAUCAACAACAAUUUAACCAAGGUCCACCAACUAAUCAACAACAACAGUUCCAACAAGGACCACCAACUUCUCAUCCAUAUGGAUACCCACAACCACAAGGUCAACAAGGUCAACAAGGUCAAUACCGUGGAUCACCAUAUCAACAACAACAACCAACACAAGGAUAUCCACAACAACAACAAGGUCAACAAGGUCAAUAUCCACCUCAACAAGGAUCAUAUCAAACAUCAACACCACAAUACUCUCAACAACAACAACAAUUACCAAAUAUUGGAGGUUUAUCAUUAAAUAAUAAUUUACCACCACAAGCAGGUAUGGUUCAACCUCAACCUCAACAAGGACAAAAUGCACAAGCAGAUAAUCGUAUAAACAUGUCACAAGUACCAAAUCCAGCAACUGUACUUGAUCAAUUUAAGGGAUUUGUUUGGAAUUCUGCAUCUGGUGAUAUGCCACCACCAUCAUCUGUUCAACAAUAUUUGGUGGAUCAACAAAACAGUACACCUCUAUUUAUGCGUUCGACAAUGUAUACCAUCCCAGAGUCUGAUGAUGUUUUGAGCGCUUCUUCACUUCCAUUGGCAAUCCACAUUACUCCAUUGGCAUCGACCGUACCAGUCAUUGAUCACGGUGUCAAUGGUCCAGUUCGUUGCAGUCGUUGUCAUGCCUACAUUAAUCCAAACGCUGUAUUCCUCAACAAUGGAAAGUUCUUUGCCUGUAAGCUUUGCGACUAUGAAAACGAUGUACCACAAGAAUACUUUUCUGCCACCCUUCCAAAUGGUCAACGUACCGAUUUUGAUCAACGUCCAGAACUCAAACAUGGUUCCUACGAAUUUGUAACUCGUCCAGUUGUUGACCCCAAGGCCGAUCCAAAACUUGCCAAAGAUAAUAUCGCUCCACCUCCUCCUGCCUAUAUUUUCAUUAUCGAAGUUUCAACUCAUACAAUCUCUACUGGUAUUUUAUUUGUUAUUAUUGAUAGUAUAAAAAAAAUAUUAAAUGAAAUGAGUGAUAAUAUACCAAAUAAAAUUGGUAUUAUUACAUAUGAUACAGAGGUACAUUUUUGGAGUUUCAAGAAAACAUAUAGUCAACCACAAAUGAAGGUUGUUGCCAAAAACUCUGUAUUUGUACCAGUGCAAGAUGGAUUUUUGAUUGAUUAUCAAGAGUCUAAACAUUUGGUAGACUACUUUUUCAACAAUAUUACCAACUUUUUCAAGUAUCCAGCUGCUCCACAACGAGAGUUUGCAUUUGGUGCUGCUGUACAAUCGGCAUCUUUUGCUUUGGAAAAGUGUGGUGGUCGUUUGUUUACUUUUAGUACCAACAUGCCAAAGGGACAACCUGGCCAGGUAACCAAGCGUGAAGCCAAAAACGAACGUACUUUGGUGCCAGGUGCCGCCUGGAACAGCUUUUACAAGCCACUAUCCAUGUAUUGCACUACACAUCACAUUGUGGUAGACAUGUUUGUGUUGCCAUGCGAGACUUGCGAGUUGCCAACGACUGGUCAACUCGUCACUGCUACCGGUGGCCAAAUCUACUACUACCCCAACUUUACAAGUGUCGUUGCCGACCAGUUGCGUAGCGAUAUUGUCCAAGCUGUCACUGCCACCUAUGGAUACGACUGCAAGAUCCGUGUGCGUUGUAGCAGAGGUUUGACAGUUGCCGGUUUCCACGGAAACGUCCAAGAAGAAGGUAGUGCCGGUGGUGAAGUGACCAUUGCCGGUAUCACAUCGGAAAAGUCAAUGACUGUCGUCUUGAAAUACGACGACAAGCUAAAGGCAAAGACCAAGGCAUACAUUCAAUUUGCCAUGAUGUAUCGUACCAUGCGUGGCGACUUGCGUGUACGUGUACUCAACUUGCGUCUCAAUGUUGAGACUGGUUUCACUAGCUACUUUAAGGAUACUGAUCUCGACGCUACACUUGCCUAUUAUGCACGUCUAGCUGCACGUGACAUUAUCACUACUGGCCCGAGCCAAGUUCGUACACUAUCCAUUGAACGUGCCGUCGACGUCUUGGCUGCCUACCGCAAGCACUGUGCCGCUGACAAGUCGAGCACUCAACUCAUCCUCCCCGAAUGCUUCAAGUUGCUACCCAUCUAUAUCCUCUCGAUGAUGAAGACUGCUCCAUACCGCAUUUCAACCGACAUUAACCCAGAUCAUCGUUUCGCCUACAUGAACCUCUAUGCUUCACUCCCUCCAUCAAAGAUUAUCCCUCUCAUCUAUCCUCGCGCCUACCCAGUCCACAAUCUCCACGGAGAUCUCGGGCUCGUCAACCCUCAAUACAACAUUGUCAACCUUCCUCACUUUGUUCGUCUAAGUACUGAAAUCAUUCAACAAGAUGGUGUCUAUGUUAUUGAAGAUGGUAGAAAUAUCUAUCUCUGGGUUCAAUCAAUGGUUAAUCCUUCAAUUCUUCAAGAUUUAUUCAAUGUUGAUAAUAUUAAUGGUUUAAAUUCUUCAAAGUUGUAUGAAUUAUAUAAAUCAAAUAUUUCAUCAGAAAAUGAAUUACAUCAAAAGGUUGAAAAUAUUAUAAAGGAAGUCAUUAGAUUAAGAGGACUUUGUGCUAGCAAGGAAAUCCAAAUUGUACCACAAAACGAAUAUCUAAACUCUGUAAUCCGUUCACAAUUGUACGAAGACAAGGGAAUUGAUUCAGUUUCCUAUGUUGAUUUCUUGGUUCAAAUACAUCGUCAAAUUCAAAACAAAUUAUCAUUAAAAAGUGAUAUAAAUCCAUCAGAAUUAAUGUUAAUGUCAAAUACCUAUUAA